GCUUACGCUCGUUUACCUCGAUUUCAAUGAUCUCGACUGUCAUUUUGCAACGAAAAAUCAGUAAAAAUCAGUAAAAUCCGUCGGUACGCGAAUCUCCGCAGCCUCUGGGCUCAUAUUUACUGCAGUGGUGCGUCGGCGACACUUCGACCGCCGCCUCUUUGUAGCUCUUUGUUCCUAUGUACCUCUCUCCUAUCUUUUCUUCUCUUAUCAUACAAACUCUACGCACUCUGUCUUCCUUAUUGAGUAUGACUUAUCCGCCGUAUCGUUGUCUCGAUGCCCGACAUAUAUACUAAUAGUCAACUGCAACUGACUCCAAGUUUUCGACGUCGAUUUCUCCCCUCUUUCUUGUUCUACAAGCAACAGGAAUACAAAGUACAUCGAUUCUGCGGAACUUAUAGCCUUCAAGAUGGCCUACUCUCCGAACGCAGUUGCUAAUCACCUUUUGUCGGCCUCGCGCGGAUUCGAUCAUCUCUUUGCCGAUGACAUUCCUUCCGCUGAGAAAGUCUUCGCCUCAGAAAAUGAUCCAUUCCACCUCGUUGGCAGUGGUUAUCUCUGUUUUUUGGAGGCCUCUCUGGGUUUAGAUUCGAGCAAGAUGGGCGAAGCUGCCCGCCUUCUUUCUUUGGCAGAGGCUGGGUCCAGGACUGCACUUAAGGCUGCAGCUAAAUCGAAAUCGAGAUUCGCGUCGACUGCAUUUCCCCCAGGCCUUGAAUAUGAGAUCGCAAACGCAGACACUGUGGUACUUUUAGGCGUUACACACGCACUCAGCGAGUCAUACAUGGGCUAUCUACAAUGCAUCUAUUCCAUGAACUCGGCGUACGGAAAGUUCAGCAAGCUGUACAAGACAGUGUUCCCUAACGGUCUUGAUAGCCACUCUAUCCCACUUACACCUUUGUUCCCAUUUUCCGCAACUUCGUCAGCGGGCUCAUCUGCUAUAACUUCCAGUGCUUUCAUUACCACAAAGCCCAAUAAACCCACCCGCCCCCCUGUGAGGCAGGGCUCAUCGUUCUUCAGCUUAGCGGGUAGGUGGGGCUCGGGAUCAGCUUCCUCCUCAGCUUCCUCCCUCUCUUUGUCCGUCGAAGCAGAGAAUCCGGAAGAGAUUCAAAAUCUGAAAAGCCUUAUCAUAGCCGGCACCGCUUUUGGAUUCGGCUUAUUCAAUCUUAUCUUCUCGCUCCUGCCAAAGAAAAUUCAAUCUGUAGCUGGACUCUUUGGUUUUGCCCACGAUCGUCGCCUUGCACUACAAGCUCUCGCUGUGAGUGCAGAGUAUGCAGCCGAGGGUGAAGUGCAUGGUGUCCUUGCAGGGUUAGUACUGAUGACGUACCACGGAACCGUCUUGCUUUUAUCUGGCUACCAGGCGGACGAGGCUCGCAUUAUCCGCGAAUACGAAGGCGUGGUAAGGAGCAUCGAGACGCGUUAUCCAACGGGCGCGCUAUGGAUACUGAACAGAGCGAAAAUUUAUCGUAUGACAUGCGAUCCAGAAAGUGCUAUUCGCGUCAUCACAAGCGGCCUAGAAGAGAGACAGAGCGAUGCGGAGGGUGAACACAGCAAGGGAUGUAAACAGGGCGAUUCGUUGCUAUUAUUCGAGCUCGCAUGGAUCCGCCUCUCCCAGAGACACUAUAUGGAGAGCGCAGCGGCGUUCCUCAAAUUGACGGAGCUGACUGGUUGGUCUCAUGGAACGUACUACUUCAUCGCCGCUGGUUGCCAUAUAUCGUUGGCUCUUUCGGACAACGUUUUACCUUAUGAGAAGGAGAAUCAUUUGAAUAAGGCUCAGGGACUUUUGGAUGCUAUACCCAGUUUGUUGGAUAAGCGGAAAAUUGGGGGAAAGGAAUUGCCAACGGAGGUUUUGAUCAAGAAGAAAUUGGCAUUCUACAAGAAGAAACAAAAACGACUGGGAGGAGACGAGGCCAAGUUCGUUGAAUGCAUACGGAUCAGCCCAGCAGAAGAAAUGGGUAUUUUUUGGAAUACUCAUAAUCUAAUUUCACCCUCGCUCGCAAAGGCACAUAUCAAAGAGUGGUCAGAUCUUUCGCCUCCCUUGGGCAUCGACAGCCCUUAUAUGGCCGAUCCGAUUUCUUCAACGACGCCUGAUCUAGACACUCCAGACGAACUGGCCCUCCGUUUUUUACUGUUGGGAAUCGCACAUCGCUCUAUUGGUUGCGUUGGAAUAAGAAUCAAGGGUAACAGCCCACCCUCAACAGGACCUGCAUCUUCAUCUUCGUCCUGUAUCGAUAGUCCGGGAUCGGAACCAGAGUCCAUCGUAGAAUCGGCCUCUUCUACCCUCUUUGACGAAUUGACUCCGUAUACUGACAAUGCUUCCGCGUGCCUUCGUGCAUCCCGCGAACUGCUUUCCGCUGCACACGCUCUACAAUCUUCAAUCAAAGUCAGUACUUGGAUCGGUGGACUAGCUAUGUUCGAACUAGCGGUUUUGGACCUGAAGGAGGUCGAAGUCGAGGAAAAUAAUGGGAAAGGUCCAUUGGCUGAUUCGGGACAGAGAUGGAAAACGGCCCUCGAGUCUGCUCGUAUCAAGCUCGACGCAGCGAUGAAUUUGUCCCCGCAUUCGAUCGAUCUUUCCAGUCAACUCGACAUCCGAGUUUCCAUGUUAAGACACGAAAUCGAUAUGAAGGCUGAGAUGAUUGGUCUCACUGCGUGAUCUUUUUAUAUUUUUCUGCCAUCUGCGAGGGUAUCUAUAUAUAUACACGUUAUCUUAUACAUUAUCGUUAUCAUUUUCCUUCGUCUUCAUUUCUUCAACUGCUUCGCAGUGUGGAAUGAUCGAAAUAUGUAGA